ACAAUUGACAUUUAUUAUAACCUAACUUUUGGUCAUAAUAAUUCUCCAAUUUUCAUUAAUUCUAUUUUGAAAACUUUGGAGUUUAGUGUAGGUAUUAUAAAUAAAGUUUAAAAGCUUUAUGAAAAGAAUGACUGCAUUUAGAAAAUAUAUCGAUAUCGGCGCAAACCUCACAGAUGAGAUGUACCAAGGUGUGUACCAUGGUUCUAGGAAGCAUGAGCCAGAUUUGGACAAGGUUUUAAAGCGUAGUUGGGCUGCUGGUUUGGACAAAAUGAUAAUAACUGGUGGCAGUCUGGUAGACAGCAAGAAGGCUAUAGAACUUGCGAAGACAAAUUCUCAAUUAUUUUCUACCGUAGGAUGUCAUCCAACACGUUGCAGUGAGUUUGUGGACAACCCUGAUGCUUAUCUCAAAAGCCUGAAGGAAAUGAUUGAGGAAAAUAGAGACAAAGUUGUAGCUAUUGGAGAGUGCGGGCUGGACUAUGAGAGGUUACACUUUUGUGAGAAAGAUAUACAGCUGAAAUUCUUUGAAUUCCAAUUGCAACUAAGCAGUGAAUACAACCUACCUUUAUUCCUGCACUGUCGGGCUGCAGCUGAUGAUUUAGUUGACAUCCUGAGCAGGAAUAAGCACCACAUAGCAGGUGGAGUGGUGCAUUCCUUUGACGGUACUCAGGACGCUCUGGACAAAAUCCUAGCACUUGGAUUGUAUAUUGGAAUAAAUGGAUGUUCACUAAGAACAAAGGAGAAUUUAGAGGUAGCAUCCAAGAUACCACAGGAUAGACUAAUGAUAGAGACAGACUGUCCAUGGUGUGAAGUGAAGCCUACUCACCCGGGAUACUCGCAUGUCAUCACCAAAUUCCCCUCUGUCAAGAAGGAAAAGUACUCUGUGGAAUCCGAUAGUCAAGUGAAGGGACGGAAUGAACCUGUGAAUAUUGUGCAAGUUUUGGAGAUACUAGCAGCCAUUAGGAAAGAAAAUAUCGGUGAACUAGCUGAAGCCAUUUAUAAUAAUACCAACAAAUUGUUCUUUAGUAAUAAGUGAAGUUGAAAAUAAAAUAUUUAUGAUUUAA